UCUACGAACAAAUGGAGACUCCUCAGAAUCUCUGACUCUGAGUCUCUUUUUGGCCAAAGUUUCGACGAGUCAGUCUGUGUCGGUACCUGGUCGAGGGUAGUCGUGUGUGAAUCGAUCGAAAUUAUCGAUAUCAUCUUGUAUAUAAAACAGACGGGAAUAAAAUUGCAUUAUUUUAAAUCAAACAUAUUUUAACGUUCGGAAAACACGAAAAAAAUACAACAAUAAUGUUCGUGAUGUUUGGAAACGCAGCACAGGUGCAUCUUGUGCAGGAGUUAAGAUGGUAGAAUGGCCUCCGUAGCUGUAGAAACCACUGCUGACACCUGUGCUGCUACAUCUGCUGUUUGGUCUCCCUUGGCCCUCAUUCCUCCUCCGCCUCCUCCUCCUCCUCCUCCUCUGCCACCACCGCGCAGCCUGUCUAACCGAGCUCUCCUCGAAGCUGCAAAGUCUCUUUCCGAAGUCAUGGAGCCUAACAACAACAACAACUCUUUUAACUCUGCCGCUGUGGCCUCCAUUCCAGAAACUCCCGUCACUGCUUCUUCUUCUUCUGCUUCUUCCUCACAGCCAAACGGCUCUUCCACCCCCUCUCCACCCCCACCCCCCACUGAUUUCCAGCCUUUGAUGUCACCUCCACCUCCAGAUUUGCCUCCACCUCCAGACUUUUACGUGUCGUCAUCCUCAUCGUCAUCUUCACCUCCGCCCCCGCCACCGCCUCCUUCAUAUCUCUUCCCCGAAUUGUCUUCGGGAGAUCUUCCACCUCCUCCUCCUCCCCAGGUACUGUUGAAUCUGGAAUCACAACCGCACCCUUUGUACAUUUGCUCUUAUGAUCCUCCGUCACCCGAAAUCAAGUCUGAGUACGACCCAAAACUUCCUCCAGGUUUUCCUUUGAAUGCUGCUCAUGAUCCGGGUUCACCUCUUCCUCCUCCUCUUCCACCUCCUCCCCGGCCUACGCCUCCACCUCCGCCUACACCUCCUGUGAGACAAGCAUCGAGAGAAAAUCUUAACAUACCACCUCAUGAAUCUGAGUCUGCAGGUGAUAGUUUAUCUAGUCAAGCUUUUACCAAGAGAAGUUCAGGGUUGUACUUAGCUUCAGCAGAGGGGACCCAAAGCAAAGUCUCGGACAAUGCAACAGAUUGUAGAUAUCCUUCAAAGAAUGUAACUGACACCACUGUAAGCACUGAGGAUUCCUUAGACGGAAGAGCUGUCUCGAGCGGACUUUCCUCUUCCACUCUUACAGCAACCCUCCUCUUAACACCAGAGUCAGGGUUGUCUCCUUUACCUCCACAUGCUCUGAGGGUGUCACCAGUGCCAACAGAUGCCAUUACUGUAACUUCUUUGCAGACAGAUGACUUCACCACCACAUCUGGGACCAGUAAUACAUCAACACCUAACAUUUUUGACAGUAGAGAUACCACUUUUGACAUUGAUACACCAGAGGUAACGCCUCAGCUCUCAGAGAUCCUAGGGACUCAUUCACCUACGCCAUGUGAAGUUAAAAUGAAUUCAAUAAUGGACGAAAUUUUAAAUGAUAAUGCCUCUGGUUCAGAGGUCACACCACACCUGUCUGACAUAAGUGGAUCCCAUUCAGCAACCCCAACUGAAGUAAAGAUCAAGUCAGUUGAUGAUGAUAGUCCUGAAGAUGUAGAAUUUGACAGAGCUGCAAGACGAGAUUCUUUGUCCAUCAAAUUGGAAUCUUCCAUUACUUCACCACCAGAAACAUUAGAAAGCGAAAGACUUGGAGAUGUUGGGGAUGCGACUGGCAAUGAAUCUCUUUCAGAAAGCAUAGAUUACAGCCUGACGGAGAGAAUCACCACAGAUUCCCUCACAGUUAACAGUAAUACUGGAGUAGCACAAAUGUCAUCUCCCUUUUCAACAGAACCUCCAUCGCUCUUUUCCCUCCCAACUGACAGUGACACCAUUUCAGCAGACAUGGACCCCUUGUCUGCUGAUAUGUUGUCUCCAAUGGGAGACUUUGAGUCCUACCCAGCAGAUGUGGAAACUUCUACCAUAGACUCUGCUGCUACACGAGGAGUGGAUGUAUUUCUCACUUCCUCAUCGGGUUAUUCUGAUACUGCAUACGCAACAGCUGAUAGUAACAUGGAAUCAUUGACCAUGUCCCCUGUUUUCACAGAAUCAUGCACCAUAACGCCCCUUCCAACAGAUUAUGUUACUCCCUUGUCCACCCACCCAACCACUACCCCGGUAUCUUCUCCCAUUCCCUCAUCUCCCCUACCCUAUUUUGAUACCAUACCUCCUGACACAAUGUAUUUUUCUCAGUCCUAUACCUCCUUUGUCAGCCCCUCUUUGUCCACAACAGUAACCGGUACCUCAAGAACAUUGGUGUCGGCUUCAGAACAUCAUUAUGCACCUCACAUGAAGUCUAGCACUGAUCAGCAAAGCAUCGCGGCCGAUGUUGUUCCACCUCCGCCAGCUUCCCGUGCCAAGACACCUCCUUUGCCUCCUCCCAGAUCUUGUGUCAAUACUCCCAGACCAGGAAUGGGAGCCCCCUUACCCCCACCAAGGCAGUAUAUGCUUAUUCCAAUCAGCUCGUCCCAAGCACCAUCAAGAAGACACAGCCCCCCACCGGCCCCGCCAAGGUCCACUUCUGUACGCAGAUCUCCACCUCCCCCACCUCCCAGGUCAACAGUUCAGACACCUGCUUCAGUAAACGAAUGGAUAGAUUUUCCUCCUUUACCUCCACCUCCCACUUCUGUCAUUAAUACUCCUUCAACUCCACCAAAACUGACUCCUGUGCCAGAGGAGUCUUCUUUUCCGUCUACACCUGUGCCACCUAAAGAAUCUGAGAACGGGCUGUCACCGGCUAGAUCCGUCUCUCCUCGUCAUAGGAAAUCUCCCGGCCAGACAGGUUCUAGCAGCAAACCUGACAGUGCCCGUGAAGCAGCAGCAGAAGUAGGGACAUCAGUGUUGAGAGUAGAAUCUAGUGGUGAAAAGAAUCAUUUACAAUCCCAAGCAGCUGCUGCACAGUCUGAAACUUCUUCAGGUGUAGAUUUGCCUCCCUUGAUUCGCAAGAGUGAAAGCCCUCCAACUCUUCCACCAACCCCUGAAGAAGACAACGAAGAGGAGCCACCCCCUCCGCCGCCACCCCCAGUCGACUUCAGAGAUGAAAACUUACCUCCCCUUCCCCUUCCACCACCUCUAGAAUCACUAGUUUCAGCUCCCGCAGCCCCUCCACCACCUAUAAGAAGUAGAGUUCCAACACCGCCACUUCCCCCCCUUCCGAAAGCAGUAUUUUCUCAUGAGUAUUUUGACCAGCAAAACUCUCAUCAUUCAAGUGAUGAAUCUAACAAAGGUAGUAUUCUUCUAGCUUCAGAUAUGGCGUCAAGCUCAAGCGGUACGUCAGCACCACCACCACCACCACCACCUGCAAGCAAUGCGCAAGGUGCUUCAAAUGCCAUUGCACCUGCUUUAUCAUCCGCACCCGUAGCUCCACCUCCACCACCUCCUCCAAUGCUUACUUCACUACCCUCCUCAUCCCAAACUCCCAGUCACCCACCAUUAUCUGCUCCUCCGCCAUUGAAGUGUCCAGCUCCGCAGUCGUCGAAGGUAACUCCGAACUCGGCACUGUGGACCGUUUCACCGUACGGCAAAGUGGUCAUUACUAGGAAUGACUUGCCUCUGCCGUCUCCUGAAGAAGAGAUUCGAAAAACAUUUCAUAACGUCAAGAACUGGGGGUUGUUGGAAUAUGGCGUGGAUACGUUGGCUGUUUACACCCAGCUGAGACCAAAUAUACAAAUGGGACCACAAUGUGGUCUAGUGGCCCUGAGCAUGGCUUCUCAAGUCUUCCCAGAAACAAAAGAAGUAGCAGAUUUGCUCAAAGAGGCCAGGGAACAGAAGUUCACUAGUCACGGGGAAAUGUUCUCCUCUGAAAAUAUGGCCAGAUUAGCGAACGACAUCAACGGCAUGGAAGCGACUGUACGCAGAGACGUGCUCUGCAAUCCCAAGAUUCUCUUGGAACUGCUCAUUCAUGGAAAUCUGAUUCUUGUACCGUAUGAUGCUGAUCAGAAUCACAUGCCAAAUUUAAGGAAUGGCCACAAGGCCCACUGGGGCAUUAUUUGUGGCUGCCUUGUGCAGUCCCCGUCCUUAAAUAUGCAUAUGGGUGGAGCUUCAAAGUUAGAUUCUAGAGUAGAUAACCUGUUCCACAUGCGUCCUCGAAGCAGACGUGGAUUUGCUCCAAGUAGAGAUGGUAGCGUUACGCCAAGCACUCCCUUAGUUCCCGGCUCGCCGCGUUUAGGCCACAGGAUCCUUAGAACUCCAGACAUUACAGCUUCAUUGUCCUCGGAUGGAACGAAAACGCCAGACAUACUGCAGAAGGAGAGUAGCAUCGGAAGGACUUUUGAGGGUGACAGCCUGAGUGUCUGUAGUAGUCGAGUCAACACACCCAUGAUUCCUGAAAUUUUCAACGACGACAUUAGACUGGUGGUGCUGUGGAGACAGGGCAAAAGUCGCAAUCUGGUCGCAGCGCCUCUUGAAAAGCUGUGCGAAAGUAACGAUCAGUUAUUCGAGUAUCCGUCUCCAACCAGUGAAAUUGAGGAGGAAUUCAUCGUAGGCUCUGUUCAGGAUGGACUUGCUGGUCAAGUUGUGGUGUUGCAUAAGACUAAGACAGCCCUCUCAGACUUGGUUGGCAUACUCCAGGACAAACACGAAAGCCACUAGCGAGUAGAGUACCGGCAGUCCCCGGGUUAUGACGGGAGUUCCGUUCUUGAGAUGCGUUGUAAGCCCGAUCAUUGUAAAAAAAUCCUAAGAAAACCUUACUUUUAAUGCUUUGGGUGCAUUGAAAACUAUGUAAACUGCAUUCUUAUUGCAUUUUUCAUCAAAAAAAAACUUCAAAUAUUGAUUAUUUUGCAUUUUUGGUGUCAUAUUUCAUCUGCCAGAUGAGCGUUGUAGGCGUCGUAACCCUGGUAAUAAUGUCUGAUGAAUAUAAUUGAGAAGCGCCUUAACCUCGGAACGUCGUAACCCGGGGACUGCCUAUAGUGAUAGGCAGCUUUGUGAGAGGACAGAUAAGUAUUUUCAUUUCAGUCGUUGAUUCGCCAUGUUUUCAUUGACUUGCUUUCCUAUGAACUGCACCGUAAGUGCCUAUAGUGUCAUUGGUGAUGGUCUUGUUGCCAUAAAAUGUGCAUACACUAUAAUUUAUACUGGAUGAGCAUGUGUAAUCUCAGUUGUUCGGAAAGGUAAGUUUUGUGGUUUGGAAGUACAGUGCAGUAUUGUGAAGUUUGUCUAUUCCUUCGUAUUCUUUUUUAUUAUUUUCUUUUGGAAUUUGAUUAGCUUGAUAUCAACAAUGCAAAACACUAUCAGUUCAGUAUUGGCAGCCUUGGUCAAUUCAAUAUUUGGCAGUUUUAAUUCUACUGUAAUUCAAUAGAAUAAUCAUGUAAAAAAGGAGGCACAGUUUUCCAUUAUAUUAGUCGUUUCAUUUUGGGAUUGAAAAUUGUGAACAUUGUCUCUGUAUGACUCUCAUACGAAACUAAACUGCUGUAUUUGCCAGUUCAAGGUCCUGUGACUGAACAUUUUCAAACCAACUCUCUCUUAUAUACCAGCUGUACUCAGAUAUUUUUUGACAAUAGUCAGUUUGUCUUCACCAUGCUUUUUAAAAUGCUGUAUUAUCUUAGAACAUUAAUACACUUUUGUACUAGUCUCAUAGUGUCAUUACUGGCUUACAGUUGGUCUUUAUUAUUGAUAUAUUAGUUGUUUAUUUUGCCUUUAUUUCAAACUGACAAGAGAGUAUGAUAUGAAGUAAACAUGAUCAUAUAAUAAAGUACUGUACGUCUGCACAAACUUACCUGUAGCUACAACAUUAUCCAUGUUCUUAAAUACUAUUUGCAGGUAUUCAGAUACAGCGAACCUUUUAAAUGACAUGCAUAUGUGAACUGGUGUAUGCAUUUCUCCAUAAAUCGACUCUAACCGUACGUGGUAAUGUAGAAUUUUUUUUAAUGCAUAUGAAUACUACUCUCAAUACUUAAUAGAAUUGCAGUAAUCACAGUAUAUAACUUAUGCUUCUGGUUGCCUGAAAGCCUUCAAAAGCUAGAAACUUGUAAAAAUCAAACAGUUGAGGAAUGUUUCUUCAAUACAUAGAGAGAUUUUGUACCA